AUGGCGGGCACAUGGAGCCGCCAGCUCAAGAAAGACUUCGACUUCAUCCUGAAGUACCUUCCACGAGAAAGGUGGCCCAGCCAAACCCAGCACGACCGCGACGUCAUCAACUGGGCCCGACAGAAGCCGAAGCUCGUCACCAACGCGGUCAAGGCAGCGGUGAAGGCCUACAUUCACCACGCUCGCGACCAGGCUCAGAACGCCAAGAUCCAGAAGGACAUUCAGAUGAUCCCCGCAGUGGCUCCAACAGACGAGUUCGACCACCGCGACGACACCAACAAUCAGAAGUACGUCUGCUACGCCUGCGGCCGCGUCGCCACCAGGCAAGGCAUGGCACUCCAUAUGGGCAGGGAUCAUCCUGACCACGAGGACCCGCGCUUAUGGGCUUCUGGCACUGCAUGCCGAUGCUGCCAGGCCGAGCACCACACGCUCCCGAGGCCGAUCAAGCACCUCUCGGUGGCCCACCGCUGCCGCAAAUCCUGGCACGCCUGGCACCUCCAGACGUUGGAACCUCUGACGGAGCAGCAGAUAGCAGCGAACUUCAACGCCAUCGCCGAGGCCACGAACACAAACAAGAAGCAAGGACGCCACCCAACCUUCAGCGACAAGCCAGCCCACCCGUGCGAUGUCACGCCGCUGCCGCUCCUGGAGACGUCGCCCGUCGCACCGAAAGUAUUUGCCAGACUCGAGUCCUCGUCAAGCAGGCCACCCGUGAGCUCGCCUGCUGGACCAGCCGAGCGCCAAGGGGCCGUCUUCAUCACCGACCGCCCUCGACAGGCCGCCGACCUCCAGCAGAUCAUGGCCAACAGCGGGAUCACGUGCAUCAGCGGCCUGGACUAUACCCUGAUCGCAAUCCACAGCGAUGGCCAGUCUUCAGAACCAAUGCCAGAAUUUCGGCGAGUACAACGAAGGGUCCAACACGGCGAGAUCGCGGCCAUCGACGCAGAGUUCCCACGACGGACCUGGGACCGACGCGACACCAGCGACGUUCUGGGCAACAGAGCCAGUAGGCGGCGUACCCCUGAGGCUCCCUGGGGACUGUCAGAAGCGUCCGAGAUUAUCGCCGACGAGAUCUUCGCUGCCAACAACGUUACUAGAGAGGUCAUGCGGGCGCUCUUCGCG